AUGGCUCCAUCGGCCGUUUUACAAAAGCCCGGUGUGAUCAAGGACCCGGUGAUAGCCGCAUUAUUCAGUACAAAAGAUCCAGAAGUACGGUAUCAGGAUUUGAGAGAAAUCGGACAUGGAUCGUUUGGUGCCGUUUAUUUUGCGUACGACAAGGAGAACGAGCAAACGGUGGCGAUCAAAAAGAUGAAUUUCAGUGGAAAACAGGCGACUGAGAAAUGGAAUGAUAUUCUAAAAGAAGUCUCGUUUCUGAAUACAGUAGUCCAUCGACACAUCGUUGACUAUAAGGCUUGUUUCCUAAAAGAAACCACUUGUUGGCUCGUAAUGGAGUACUGUAUCGGCUCGGCAGCCGACAUAGUAGACGUGCUUCGAAAAGGAAUGCGAGAAGUGGAAAUUGCGGCGAUUUGCUCACAAACUCUCGAUGCUCUUCGCUAUUUGCACAGUCUGAAACGGAUACAUCGAGAUAUAAAGGCUGGAAAUAUUUUACUGUCCGAUCAAGCGAUUGUGAAGCUAGCUGAUUUCGGUUCGGCGUCUCUCGUCGAUCCGGCUCAAACGUUCAUCGGAACACCAUUCUUCAUGGCUCCAGAAGUGAUUUUAGCGAUGGACGAAGGCCACUACUCAGAUCGAGCCGAUAUUUGGUCACUCGGAAUCACGUGCAUAGAAUUGGCCGAACGCCGUCCGCCACUAUUCAGUAUGAACGCGAUGUCUGCCCUCUAUCACAUUGCUCAGAACGACCCGCCAACACUGUCACCAAUCGACGACGCCUCCGAACAGCCAGAAUGGUCUCGGGAGUUCGUUGAAUUCAUUGAUAAAUGUCUCCGAAAGCCGGCAGAAGAACGGAUGUCGGCCGAGGAAUGCUUCCGUCAUCCGUUCAUUCAGAAGCCACGCCCAUCGGACACAAUUCAGGAGCUGAUUCAGCGGACGAAGAACAUGGUACUCGAAUUGGACAAUUUCCAGUAUAAGAAAAUGCGAAAAUUGAUGUAUUUGGAUGAGACGGAGGGCAAAGAUGGCAGCGAAUCGAAUGGCGGUGGUCCAGCACACGAUGAUCUCGAUUUUCAUGGAAACGAGCCGCAUUCCAUUGGAAGAGCCGGCGAUUCAGCGUCAUCUCGAAGCGCAUCACUCACAUCGUUCCGUUCGAUGCAGAGCAGUGGAGGCGGUGGGGGACCAGCUGGAUUGCUUGUCUCAACGAAUCUCACUGGUGCUAUGGAUAAUGUGCAUGGUACUCGCCUCCGCAGUCGAAACAUGUCCCGAGGGGCGUUUGAAAACGAGAUGAAAGGUGUGAAGACGCACUUGAAUCGAGUGAAAGACGCGAGACAAAACGAUUUCGAGGAGAAACUACAAGUGGAAUUGGAUGAGGAAGUGGUACGGUAUCGACGGCAACAAUUGAACAAUCUUCAUGCGUUGGAGGAGAGGCUCGAUGAUGAGGAAGUGAACGUGCAGGAGCGUCAAAUGGACACCCGUCACGGACUGCUUUCGAAACAACACGAAAUGACGAGAGAGCUCGAAAUGCAACACUUGAAUGAGCUGCAUUCAAUGAAGAAGCGACAUUUGGAGACACAGCAUGAGGCAGAAUCAGCCAGUCAGAAUGAGUAUACGACACGGCAGCAGGAAGAACUCAGGAAGAAACAUGCCAUGCAGUCCAGGCAACAGCCCAGGGAGCUUAAGAUUCAAGAAGCGCAAAUCCGCAAGCAAUAUCGUCAGGUAGUAAAAACGCAAACGCGUCAAUUCAAGCUCUACCUGACACAAAUGAUUCAAGUAGUGCCGAAAGACGAACAAAAAGAGCUGACGUCUCGUCUGAAACAGGACCAAAUGCAGAAAGUCGCUCUUUUGGCAUCACAAUACGAGAGUCAAAUCAAGAAAAUGGUCCAGGAUAAGACGGUGAAACUGGAGUCGUGGCAAGAGGAUGAGCAACGGAUUCUGAGUGAAAAACUGGAGAAAGAGCUCGAGGAGCUGUUGGUUUAUCAAAAGAAACAGAAGGCCACGUUGGAGGAGCAGAUUCAAAAGGAACGAACGACACUCGAAGAACGAAUCAACGCUCGUCGGGCGCUCCUGGAGCAGAAGAUUCUGGAAGAACGAGAGCAAAUGGCCGAAAUGCGUCGGCUGAAAAAAGAGCAGAUUCGUGAUCGACACAGUCAAGAGAGGCAUCGGCUGGAGAAUCAAUUUGUGAGAACUGGAUCGACGAGUCGAAGUUCCGGAGGAGCGACGAAUUCCAGUUCUAUUCAAAUGGCAAUGUAG